AUGAAAGACAACAAGACAAUGCGGCAGCGUGGGCGUGCACCUGCUCUAGCACGAGGUGGACUUGCGGUUGCGGCUUUUACGAGCAUCAUUUUGAUGUUCUGCUCGGAAAGCUGCCGCGCCGCUGGAUCUUCUUCCAGCAGUACUACCCCUUCGCGAGGACGAGGACUUCCUUCUUUUUUGCGCCCGGGAGGUAUGGCGUUCUCAAACGUUACAUCCUCAACUGUUACAUGAAUUUGUCAUGCAGAAAUACCAUAAGCAAGCACACGGCCAAGUGGCUGCGCAUGACAAAUUUUUCUCGAAGGCGGGCAGCAAAAAGCAUCUGAAUCUGUGCCAAAUCUGUGAUGCAAGAGUUGCAAGAUUUCACUUUCGCUGUUCUUGCAUCACAAAUUCAUGUAUAACAGUUGAGAGUGUAAGAACGUUUGAGAACCCCAUACCGGGGGGCCGCGACUUGGAGGUUGGUGAUCCGGCGGAUCAUGUUGAACAAGCGGGAGCACCAUCUUCUUCCGCAGAAAAACAUCAAGAAGACGCGAGGACUGCUCAGGUGGAUAAAAAACAACAUCAUGAUCGUCGUCGCUCCGUUUCGCCGAGCAAAAUGGAGUUGGCCAAGGAAAAGGUGUUCAAGUACUUCCACGACCAUCAGUUCCUCAACCGCGACGUUGGUCGCACAACUGGCAUGUACUACGACCAAAUCUACCGCUUCGUCUACCAUCGUGACCAGGUGGUGCUGCAACUGAUUGCUUCUCGCGAGCCGGAAACGUUCAAAGGGUACUCGUACAACGUGGAUACUGUCGAAUACACGGAUUUCGAUAUCGCAAUUAUGAGUGAUGAUCAAGUUCAUCAUGAUCUACUUCCUGGAUGGCUCCAUCUGACACCGGUCGUGGGACAGCACGAGGACCCGUCCUGGGAACAGCGGAACCACUACUAUGACUUGGAAGAUGUUAAAGCAAGUGCAGAAAAAGAAAAACCGCUCAUCAUCACUCUUAUCCACGGCCCCUCGACAACCGACGUUUUUCGACGCACCUACCCGUCGGCCGGCGAUACGAUUCGCACCCACCCGAAGGACGUAGAAUCGGGGCGCGGGAGGCCAGAGUGGGUUCGGUACGAGAAAAGAUACGGUGCGGAAACAAAACUCCGGGAUGAAGGGAAGUUGAAAUACCCAGAAUUGCGGCAAGAGGUUGCGCUCAAGAUUUACCCAGAUGGGAGGAUGGAAAAGAUGUCGGUUCAGAAGCUUUUGCGCGAAAAUGAGAUGAAGAUCAUGGCCAGCAAUGAUCAGGACAGUGGUCCACCAGCAGGAGAUGGUGUUGAGCAGGUGUUCGUCAUGGUGCCUACGGACAGUGCGAAAAAGGAAGCAAAAGAGUAUGGCGUUCUCAAUUGUUACAUUCUCAGCUGCCACAUGAUUUGUCAUGCAAAUUUGCCACCAAGAUCGCCACGAUCAAGCUGCUUCGCAUGACAAAUAUCCGAAGGGCUAAACAGCAUCUAAAUCUGUGCCAAAUCUGUAAUACAAAAGGCGCAAUCUUCCCCCUUUCACUUUCGCCGUUCUUGCAUUACAAAUUCGUGUAACAGUUGAGAAUGUAACAGUUGAGAACACCAUAAAGAGAUUAUGAAAAUUAUGGAGAUGGGACACAAGGAAAACAAGCCGCGCAGUCGGCAUGGUCCGUCACUGAUAUACCCUAUAUCAAAUGCAAAAAUGUCUGGGUCUGGAAGAUUGCGAGAUUUGUCAUGCUUGUCUGGCAUGACCAAAAAGUUUGUGAUGCAUGUCCAAGAAGAGACCCUUUUGCCUGUCAUGCAAAAACGCAGUUUCUGAUGCGAAAAACGCAACACAAAGAAGCGGAGAUAUUUGUCAUGCUUGGCUGUGCAUUACAGAGCAUUCACUAUUCCCAACACAGCAUUACAAGUUUCCAGACCCAGACAUUUUUGCACUUGAUACCCUAAGCCCUAAACCCACUUAGUGCACCAAGAAAGGCUUUGCUUUUCCUCUACCUACUUGCCCUUUGUUCCUUCCACAAGAGGAAGAGCAGAAACAGAUGCAAAUGCUGGCUGAUAAUUCAUACUAGUUACGAUGCGUAUAAAAAUCAUCGUCACCAUUAUAUUCUGUUACUGUUUGAUUUAGAUUUUGAUAAUGAGGAAACUGCUCCUCGGCCAGAUGCUUCUUUUUCGGGGGAAGUAGACGUGCAAAGAUUCAUCAGCUCCACGUGUUGUUCACUGCUAGCAGUGUACGUAAUCAAUUUUUCAGAAGAUACGAAUUCGACUAUGACGAGAAAAAGAAGACAACUGGUUCAUGAUUUGUGCUGUCGUGCACCACGGGACGACGACGACGACGACGCACGAUGUCCUCGCUGUUGAAGAUGAGGAGAUACAGACACUGAAAUUUUGAUAUGAUCG